UCUCAAUCCAUCUCAAUCCUUGAGUCAAUUUGUUGUAGAAGGCUGCGGACAUGGCAAGCUUGAAGAUGGCCCCAGAAUUGCCUGGGAGUCCCGUGAAAAAUGAUGCAGGAGACAGUGAUACGGCCAGCACCGACAUGAAUUCUUCAGUGUCGGACAGUGUGAAGCGCCGGCUCCUGGAGAUUCCACAGGAAGUUGGGCUGCAGAAUGUGCAGCUUCUCUUCAAGAAAGAUAUGCUGAACCGAUACCAAGCCAAAGAAGAGGAUUACAACUUCUUGUUGAAGUGUGAGAAGUUCUUUGCUGAGUAUGUUGGCACGAAAUAUGCCCUGUCAUUGAACAGCGGCGGCAUUGCAAUCAGUCUUGGGCUGGAAGGUAUCAAGCGGGUGUUCUUCCCUGAUGUUGAGAUUGAUCGCAUCAGGGUGUACUCCAAUGCUUUCACCUUCAAUGCAGUGCCCUCGGCAUGUGUGGUUGCUGGCUUUGCCAGCACCUUGAAGCUGAUUGAGGCAACCCCAGAGUUGACCAUUGAUACGGAUCACCUGGAGGCUUGCAUCAAGGAGGACUUGGCAUCUGGCAACUUCGCACCAGGUAACAUGAUCCUCGUGCUGUCCUACAUGCGCGGCCGGGUUCCCAACAUGCACACCAUCAUGGACAUUUGCGAGAAGUAUCAGGUGCGACUGUUGGAAGACUCUGCGCACGGCUACGGAUGCUCUUUUGAUGGCCGCAUGUGUGGGUCUUUCGGAGUGGUUUCAACCAUCUCUACUCAAGCCAACAAGCUUGUAAACACUGGAGAGGGUGGCCUGGUUUUGACUAGCAAUGAGGCCCUGCAAGCCUUCUUCAUUUUCUCAGCUGGAAGCUACGAAGAGCUUUGGAAGAAGCAUGGGCCAAUGACACCCCCAGAGGAGGUUGCCCUCCAGUACAAGUACACGACCGUGAACAAGUCAGUCCGAAUGACCAACAUGCAAGGUGCCAUCAUGUUCCCUCAACUGAGUGUGAUGAGUGAGCGCAUUGAGCAGCACAACUCGAUGUAUGCCUUCUUGAUGGCAGCAACGAAAGAGAAGAUGGAAGCACUCAGCCCCGGCAGCAGCAAAAAAAUCUACUUCAUUCCGCAGGUCCAUGGUUUGGUUGGUCCUGUGUAUGACUCAAUGCAGAUGCAGUUUCGAAAGGGCGAUGGCAGCAUAGCGGAAGAAGAACUUCCAGGUUUGAAUAGCUUCCUGAAAGACAUGCAGGCACGCAAACAUGGAAUAGCGAAGUUCUCCGAUCCAGCCAACGCUCGAAAUUUCUUGUCCUGGCAAUACUUGAAGCCAGAUGAUAUUCUCCCCGAUGCGCUUCCCAAGACUAGGCAGCACCUCUUGAACGUUGUCGAUCUCCGACUACUUUGUCAUGACACCGAGGUUGAAAUGGACAAGUUGGCUUCAGAUCUAGUGGAGUGCUUCAAACUCCAUUUCUGAGGGGAAAAUUGUAGUGCCGGGUAGCCUGCGCAUGGAAUGGGCAUGUGACAUUUGAAUACAUUUGACAUGUGUUUGCAUACGGGCAAUUCUAGGUUCAUGCCAGUUUUUUUUUGUUUGGCAACAUCCAUGAUGUCAGGCCGGCUUGCAUUCUGCGCAACAUGCGCGCAAGCCAUUCUAGAUUCCUUUGACUUUUUUGCAAUUUUACGCCAAGACAUCUCAGAAGAAUUGUGAAGAAGUUCUUUGAGAAAUACAUAGAAAUACCAACUAUUUCCAAUCCAGCACGCUAUUUGUCAACUCUUGCUGCAUAAAGGCCAGCUUGAGGGAAACAUGGCAGAACCAUGGCAGAACAGACGAGAGCUUCAGCAGGGCUGACAGCGUGCUGGCGGUUCUUGACUCCGAAACUAAUAAGUUUUGGACGAAUCCUGCUUGAGCAUCAGUUUACAUAGCAAAA